AUGGAGACCGUAAAUACUCAAGUCAACAUGAUCAAUUCUUCCCCUGUUGUCAUGCUGCAUGAUAAUCAAAAGAAAAAGAAGGAGGCUAUUGAACGUGACAAACAACAAACUGAGAACACUUUAAAAGAAGGCAAGGACAUACUUGAGGAAGCCAACCGUCUUGCAGGCGAAAUCAACUCAGUCAUAGAUUAUGUUGAAGACAUUCAAACUAAAUUGCCACCCAUGUCUGAAGAGCUUGAAGAUAAAAUCGAUGACCUUGCCCAGGAAAUAAAGGACAGGAACCUUGCUGAGAAGGUGUCCCAGGCUGAGAGCCAUGCGGCUCAGUUGAAUGACUCAUCUGCUGUCCUUGAUGGAAUCCUUGAUGAGGCCAAAAACAUCUCCUUCAAUGCCACUGCAGCCUUCAAUGCUUACAGCCAUAUUAAGGACUCUAUUGAUGAAGCUGAGGAAAUUGCCCAAGAAGCUAAAGGUCUUGCGCACGAAGCUACAAAACUGGCAACAGGUCCUCAGGGUUUACUAAAGGAAGGUGCCAAAGGCUCUCUUCAGAAAAGCUUUGGGAUUCUUAAUGAAGCCAAGAAGUUAGCAAAUGCCGUAAAAGAAAAUGAUGACUAUCUGAAUGGCUUAGUAACCAGAUUAGAAAAUGCAGAUGUUAGAAAUGAGGAUCUCCUGAGAGCUUUGAAUGACACUUUGGGGAAGCUGUCUGCCAUUCCAAAUGACACAGCCGCUAAACUGCAAGUCGUUAAGGACAAAGCAAGACAAGCCAAUGACACAGCAAAAGAUGUACUGGCACAGAUUAAAGAUCUCCACCAGAACCUUGAUGGCCUGAAGAAAAAUUACAAUCAACUAGCAGACAGCGUAGCCAAAACAAAUGCUGUGGUAAAAGAUCCUUCGAAGAACAAAAUCAUUGCAGAUGCCAAUGCCACUGUGAAAAAUCUAGAACAAGAAGCUGAUCGUCUGAUAGAUAGACUCAAACCCAUCAAGGAACUUGAGGAUAACCUAAAGAAAAACAUCUCUGAGAUAAAGGAACUGAUAAACCAAGCCCGGAAACAGGCUAAUUCUAUCAAAGUAUCUGUGUCUUCCGGAGGUGACUGCAUUCGAACAUACAAGCCGGAAAUCAAGAAAGGAAGCUACAAUAAUAUCAUUGUCAACGUAAAGACAGCUGUUGCUGACAACCUCCUUUUUUAUCUUGGAAGUGCCAAAUUUAUUGACUUUCUGGCUAUAGAAAUGCGGAAAGGCAAAGUAAGCUUCCUCUGGGAUGUUGGAUCUGGAGUUGGACGUGUAGAGUAUCCGGAUUUGACUAUUGAUGACUCUUAUUGGUACCGUAUUGAGGCAUCAAGAACUGGGAGGAAUGGGACCAUUUCUGUGAGAGCCCUGGAUGGACCCAAAGCCAGCAUUGUGCCCAGUACCUACCACGCAGCUUCUCCUCCAGGGUAUACUAUUCUCGAUGUGGACGCAAACGCAAUGCUGUUCGUUGGUGGCUUGACUGGGAAACUGAAGAAGGCCGAUGCCGUGCGCGUGAUUACAUUCACGGGCUGUAUGGGAGAAACCUACUUUGACAGCAAACCUAUAGGGUUGUGGAAUUUCCGAGAAAAAGAAGGUGACUGCAAAGGAUGUACUGUCAGUCCUCAGGUAGAAGAUAGUGAAGGGACUAUUCAGUUUGAUGGAGAAGGGUACGCAUUGGUCAGCCGCCCCAUUCGCUGGUACCCCAACAUCUCAACUGUCAUGUUCAAGUUCAGGACAUUUUCUUCAAGUGCUCUCCUGAUGUACCUUGCCACACGAGACCUGAAAGAUUUCAUGAGUGUAGAGCUCACUGAUGGGCAUGUAAAAGUCAGCUAUGAUCUGGGUUCAGGAAUGGCUUCCGUUGUCAGCAAUCAAAACCAUAAUGAUGGGAAAUGGAAAUCCUUCACCCUGUCAAGAAUUCAGAAACAAGCCAACAUAUCAAUUGUAGACAUAGACACUAACCAGGAGGAGAGCAUAGCAACUUCAUCUUCUGGGAACAACUUUGGUCUUGACUUGAAAGCAGAUGACAAAAUAUAUUUUGGUGGUCUGCCAACACUGAGAAACUUGAGUAUGAAAGCAAGACCAGAAGUAAAUUUGAAGAAAUAUUCUGGCUGCCUCAAGGAUAUUGAAAUUUCAAGAACUCCAUAUAAUAUACUCAGUAGCCCUGAUUAUGUCGGUGUUACCAAAGGAUGUUCACUGGAGAAUGUUUACACAGUCAGCUUCCCCAAGCCUGGUUUCAUAGAGCUGCCCCCUGUGCCAAUUGACGUAGGGACAGAAAUCAACCUGUCCUUCAGCACCAAGAAUGAGUCUGGGAUCAUUCUCUUGGGAAGUGGAGGGACACCAACACAACCUCGGAGGAAACGAAGGCAAACUGGACAGGCCUAUUAUGCGAUAUUCCUGAACAAGGGCCGUCUGGAAGUGCAUCUCUCCAUGGGCACACGAACAAUGAGGAAAAUCGUCAUCAAACCAGAGCCGAGUCUGUUUCAUGACGGGAGAGAACAUUCUGUUCAUGUCGAGAGAACUAAAGGCACCUUUACUGUUCAAGUCGAUGAAGAGAGGAGGCAUACGCAAAACCUGACAGUAGAACAGGCAAUCCAAGUUAAAAAGCUUUUCGCUGGGGGUGCUCCACCUGAAUUUCAGCCUCCACCCCUCAGAAAUAUUCCUCCUUUUGAAGGCUGUGUGUGGAACCUUGUUAUAAACUCUGUCCCCAUGGACUUUGCACAGCCUGUAUCCUUCAAAAAUGCGGACAUUGGUCGUUGCGCCCAUCAGAAGCCCCCUGAGGAUGAAGAUGGAGCGGUUCCAGCUGAAAUAGUGACCCAGCCGGAGCCAGUCCCCACCCCCGCCUUCCCCACACCCACCCCAGUUGUGGCACAUGGUCCUUGUGCAGCAGAAUCAGAACCAGCUCUUUUAUUAGGGAGCAAGCAGUUUGGGCUUUCGAGAAAUAGCCACACUGCAAUUGCUUUUGAUGACACCAAAGUUAAAAACCGCCUCACAAUUGAGUUUGAAGUGCGAACGGAAGCUGAAUCGGGCCUGCUUUUUUACAUGGCUCGGAUCAAUCACGCGGAUUUUGCUACCGUUCAGCUGAGAAAUGGAUUGCCCUAUUUCAGUUAUGACUUGGGAAGCGGUGACACCCACACCAUGAUCCCCACCAAAAUCAACGAUGGUCAGUGGCACAAGAUUAAGAUUAUGCGAAUUAAGCAAGAAGGAAUUAUUUAUGUAGAUGAUGCCUCCAACAGAACCAUCAGUCCCAAGAAAGCGGAUAUCCUGGAUGUUGUGGGAAUGCUGUAUGUUGGCGGGCUACCCAUCAACUACACUACCCGAAGAAUUGGUCCAGUGAGCUACAGCAUUGAUGGCUGCAUCAGGAAUUUUCAGAUGGUGGAGGCCCCUGCUGAUCUUGAACAGCCAACCUCCAGCUUCCAUGUUGGAACAUGUUUUGCUAAUGCUCAGAAAGGAACAUAUUUUGAUGGAACAGGUUUUGCCAAAGCAGUUGGUGGGUUCAAAGUGGGAUUGGACCUUCUUGUAGAAUUUGAAUUCCGCACAACUAGAACCACUGGAGUUCUUCUGGGAAUCAGCAGUCAGAAAAUGGAUGGGAUGGGUAUUGAAAUGAUUGAUGAAAAGCUUAUGUUUCAUGUGGACAAUGGCGCCGGCCGAUUCACUGCUGUCUAUGAUGCUGGAAUCCCAGGGCAUUUGUGUGAUGGAAAGUGGCAUAAAGUCAUAGCCAACAAGAUCAAACACCGCAUUGAGCUAACAGUAGAUGGGAAUCAGGUGGAAGCCCAGAGCCCAAACCAAGCAUCUACAUCAGCUGAUACAAAUGACCCUGUGUUUGUUGGUGGUUUCCCAGAUGGCCUCAACCAGUUUGGUCUGACAACCAACAUUAGGUUUCAAGGUUGCAUCCGAUCUCUGAGGCUCACCAAAGGCACGGGCAAGCCACUGGAGGUCAAUUUUGCCAAGGCCCUGGAGCUAUGGGGCAUUCAACCUGUAUCAUGCCCAGUCAACUAAUACAAAUAAGUUUAACUCCAAGAAAGGUCCUUCAAGUAUAUCAAGUAAAACAAAUAUAUCUUACCUAUAUAUGUUAUUAAAACUAAUUUGUGCAUGUAUAUUGAAUUCUUUCUGUACUCAGAUGGUGCUAAUUCAGAUCCCAGACUGAAUUUAAAUUCAAGUUUUCUCAAGUCCAUAAAUAUUAAACCAAUUAUUUCAUUCUAAAUAAUUGCUUGUUUUGUGUGAUUUUAAAGAUGAAAGACAACUGACAUAAAUUAAUGAAUUUGCAACAUGCCUUGGAGUCAUCUCAAGAAGAGCUUAGAUGUUAUUUGUGAAGGUAACUUUUUUGUUUGUUUUUACUAACUCCUAUUAAUACUUUUAUCAUCCUUUUCCACGUUAUGUCAGCCUUGGCUUUCUGUUCAGGCCACUGAAAACAACAGUGGAUUUGGCAUGUUUGGGAGGAAAUCAGCUCCUUUACUCUCUAUGUUUGAGAAGGCAUUAGCAAAUCAUUUCCCUGAUGCAAGUUCAUUAUUAGGGAGUUUAACUAGCCAUAUGAGUGAAUACUUUUUGAUGCUGAGCAUAUAUUUAGAGAGUAUAGAUCAGAUUCCGGCCAGAGAGCUUAAUUACUUGAUUUUCGUGUUUGAUAAUGAUUUAUAGGCUUUGGGGAGACAUCAGAACCAAGUUCCAGAAUAACAAUUAAGCAAACAUUUGAUACUACAGUGUUGACACUCGGGUCUCCUUCAGUUUGCAGUGAAUAUCACAAUAUACAUAAUCAGAGGAAUAUGCUGAAAUACAUUUUUACUUACCAGGAAACAAUAAACCAAAAAUGUAAUAGAAGUA